AUGGCAUCGACGGAUCCUCGUGUAUCUUCCCACCGGCUGCGACGCUUCGCCGUGCUCAAGACGGGGCACGGCUCCGACUACACGGAACGCGCCUACGGGGGCUACGCCCAGAUGAUUGCGAGGCUUCUCAGGGACCAAGAUGAGGGAGAAGGGGAGGUCUGGGACAUCUUCUCAGUGAUCGAGGGGGACUUUUCCUUUCUGGAACAUGGCGGGGACGAUUACUACGAUGGUUACGUCAUUACGGGCAGCGCCGCAGACGCCCAUGCAACGGAUGUCGACUGGAUUAACUGCCUCUGCGACGCCCUCGUCCUCCUCCAUCGCCAGGGGAAGAGGCUGCUCGGCAUAUGUUUCGGUCACCAGGUAUCACGCCCUGUCCUCGAUCUCCCCUCCUUUCCUCUUUCCACAUUCGCCUUCCUCUUCUAACUGGCGUUACAUUCUGUCACUCGCUCGUCCCCGCCGCCGCCGCCGCCGCCGUCGUCGUCGAGGAUUCCCGAAAUACUCAAUUGGGAACCUCACUCGUGCAAAAACAACGUAGAUUCUUGCACGGGCACUCGGUGGCAAAACGGGAAGGGCUGAGGUUGGUUGGGAGGUCGGAGUAAAGUCUCUACAAGUUGACUCUGAGAAAGUAUCCCAUCUCUACGGGUUGGCAUUUCCUUCUACAGUCCGUGCCAUUGAGAGCCACCAGGACCAGGUGACAUCCCGUUCCUCAACUUAUGUAUGCACACCAAACGGUGACGCCUCUGUUCCAAGCUAAUGAAACGCUCCUUUCCAAUUGCGCUCAAAUUUUUCUAUGCUCUAUACUUUAUGCUCACUGCGUGGUAACGAAAAUCGUAGAUCAUCUACAACUACCGUUUCCUCUAUCCAGUAUAUGUCUAAAUUUGAGGCACCUGCCUCACGCUCCCCUGUGGCAAAAUGUGUACAGUACAACUCGUCGCUCGGUCAUCCACUUCUGCUGCCCAGGACUCCUUAUUUUCUUCCCCUCCCUUUUAAUGUUGUUACAUCUACGCUUAAUUUUUCGUUCAGUUGUUUUCAUCAAUUUUAUAUGUAUUAUUUAUAUUUUCCCUUUUUUAAAUGCUUAAAUAGAAGAUCUAGUGUCCAAACAUUUGAGCGACUCGUUGUGUGGGAAUUUUUACACCCAGAUGUCUCGUGCUUGUAUUCCAGUGGAAUAAUCUCAGUGGUGAUUCCCUAGACGUUUUGACAAUUAAAGAAAAAUGAGUCAAGAAAUGUGCUAUCUAGAUGAAGUAUUUUUAGCAUGCUUCUUACUGCUUUGGGUAAAUAGGAUUUUUUCGGCGAUUGGCAGCAGCUCCGAUGCAUGUGUUUCUUUACACCGGUUUCAGUUGCACAGUAGGGUUUGCAUUUAUUUUAUUCAUAUUCUCGUUGAAUGGUGUACGGGGUCUACAAUGAUCUUCAUACGAAGAAAAAUGGGCAUCGUUUUGAUGGAUGCUGAACUACGCAUGACUAAUUUUGUUGCAAAUGUUUCAGGUCUUAAUUCCUCCCCCAGGAGCUGUCCAGUUAGCAUCUUCUGAGAGAACAAAAGUUGAAAUGUUUGCUGUUGGGGAUCAUGUUCUAGGCAUGCAAUGUCAUCCUGAAUUUUCAGAGGAUGUAAUGAUAGACCUAAUAAAUAGCCGCAUUUCCAGGAAAAUUAUCAGUGUACAUCUCUGAACUUCAAUGUGGUUAACAUCUUUUCCUUCGUCAACCAUAAGUUGCCAGAUAUCACAAUUUAAGAUAGUGGUUUCUCUGAAGAGAAUUUUUCAUUGAUUUUACUUUGAACUGUUAGGCUCUUUCCAUUGUGUUCAACAUUGCUGUUUUCUCACCCAUUUGUCGUUCCAUGAAUCGUAUUCUGCUCAGUCAUGCUUUCAUCUCAACCUUAACACUCAAAACAGAGUUUCGGUUUAUUCCUAUUAAGGGAAAUAACUUUCCUGAUGGUUUUGCUUUCCUACCUUGUGUGGCCGAUGAUGUUUGAAACCGAACUACCACCUUUCAUUUCAUUUCCUCCUGCGACUGUACCAAUGAUUUUCCUCCACUUCCCGACCUGGAUUUGAUGCCUUUCAUUUUUCCAGGAUGGAGUGGCAAAGGAGGCAUUAGAAAGUUUUCAAACGGGCCAAGCAGAUCAAGAUCUGCUCAUAGUAUUAUGCAAGACAUUCCUCAAGAGAUGCCCGUGA